GCGGGAACCGGACUGGUGGUCCUCCCCUGGCUGUGUGGAAAGACAGUCUGGUAGGCUACGGGAGGAUGGGCACAAGCGCUAUUGAAAUGCAAAUCUCUAUCUGGAAAGCGUCUGGCCCUGGACUGGAAGCCUAGGCCAGGAACCACUAUGCUGUGUCCCUUCAGCACACUGGAUCCCUAAAGGAGGUGCUCAUGUCACUCAAGACUCACUGGCCAAUCAUGGCCUCCAGGUGGACCUGCCAGUCAAGAAGAGGAGGCGUGUUUUUCCGGGUGCCACGCAGCAGGUUUUGCAGUGUUGCUAAACAGGCUUGAGUGAUUCCGUGUGAUAUGCUCUGAGCGCAGCUGCUGGGUGCUGUGAGGGGAACUCAGGCAAGCUUCAAAGCCGCGACAUGGAUGCAGUGACCUAUGAGGAUGUGCAUGUGACCUUCACUCAGGAAGAGUGGGCUUUGCUGGAUCCUUCUCAGAAGAGUCUCUACAUAGAUGUGAUGCUAGAGACCUGCUGGAACCUCAUUGCUGUAGGGUAUAAAUGGGAAGACCACAAUAUUGAAGAAUAUUGUCAAAGUUCUAGAAGACAUGGAAGGCAAGAAAGAAGUCGUACUGGGGAGAAACCCUAUGAAUGUAACCAGUGUGGUAAAGCCUUUGCAUUUCAUAGUUAUCUUCAAAGGCAUGAAAAAAUUCAUACUGGAGAGAAACCUUAUGGAUGUGAUCAAUGUGGUAAAGCCUAUUUACAUCUCUGGAAUCUCCAAAAACAUAAAAGAACACAUACGGGAGAAAAACCCUAUGAAUGUAACCAAUGUGGUAAAGCCUUUCCAUUUCAUAGUGAUCUUCAAAGACAUGAAAAAAUUCAUACUAAAGAGAAACCCUAUGGAUGUAAUCAGUGUAGCAAAUCCUUUUCACAACACAGUAAUCUCCGAAUACAUAAAAGAACACAUACUGGAAAGAAACCUUAUGAAUGUAACCAAUGUGGUAAAGCUUUUGCAUGUAAUAGUGAUCUUCAAAGGCAUGAAAAAAUUCAUACUGGAGAGAAACCCUAUGGAUGUGAUCAAUGUGGUAAAACCUUUUCACAACACAAUAAUCUCCAAAUACAUAAAAGAACACACACUGGAGAGAAACCCUAUGAAUGUAAUCAGUGUGGUAAAGCCUUUGCAUUUCAUAGUUAUCUUCAAAGACAUGAAAAAAUUCAUACUGGAGAAAAAUCGUAUGGAUGUGAUCAAUGUAGCAAAGCCUUUGUACAUCAUAGUAGUCUCCAUAUACAUAAAAGGACACAUACUGGAGAGAAACCCUAUGAAUGUAAACAGUGUGGUAAAGCCUUUGCAUGUAAUAGUGAUCUUCAAAGGCAUGAAGAAAUUCAUGCUGGUGAGAAACCCUAUGGAUGUGAUCAGUGUGGUAAAGGCUUUGUACAUCGCAGUAGUCUCCAAAUACAUAAAAGAACACAUACUCGAGAGAAACCCUACAAAUGUAACCAAUGUAGUAAAACCUUUGCAUUUCAUAGUGAUCUUCAAAGGCAUGAAAAAAUUCAUACUGGAGAGAAACCCUAUGGGUGUGAUCAAUGUGGUAAAGCCUAUUCACAUCUCUGGAAUCUCCAAAAACAUAAAAGAACACACACUGGAGAGAAACCCUACAAAUGUAAUCAAUGUAGUAAAGCCUUUGCAUGUAAUAGUGAUCUUCAAAGGCAUGAAAAAAUUCAUACUGGAGGGAAACCUUAUGGAUGUGAUCAAUGUGGUAAAGCCUUUUCACAACACAAUAGUCUCCAAAUACAUAAAAGAACCCAUACUCGAGAGAAACCCUACAAAUGUAACCAAUGUGGUGAAGCCUUUCCACAACACAGUCAGCUUAAAAAGCAUGAAAGAUAUCAUACUGGAAAGAAACCCUAUGAAUAUAUUUAAUAUGGUGAAGCCUUUGCACAUUUCUGUAGUACUCAUUGUCAUGAAAAAAUUCAUAUGGAGAAAAACUCUAUGAAUGUAAGCAACAUAGUAAAGACUUUGCCCAUCAUAGUUAUCUUUGAAUUCACUAAA